AAAUUGGCAUUUGGUGAACCGGGACAAAGUCUUUUUUGUACGGUGAGGUCUUCUUUCAAUUCAAGACAACUGAUGCCGUGGGCUAAGUAAUUUUAUAACAAAGUUCGGAUAUAACUCGCGCUGUCAUUUGAUGAAGAAGCGUGCUCUAUCAGAGUGCAAAACAUAGAGCUGAGCUAAAGUUGUCAUGCCAUUUGCAAAAAUAUCCGAGCUUUUCCAGGACUUUUCUAUAGCUUUUUUGUUAAUUUAAAGUAAAAUUUUGGAGCAAGCGAGCCGGCAAGUAGCAACAGAAGAACGUCUCUUGUUUUGCCUUACACUUCCGACCAAUAGACAGGCAGAAAAACUAUCUGCUGUUUUAUGGUAUGUCUGACUAACCGUACGUUAGUCUACCUAUCUGUCUUUCAGCCCUGCACACCCGUGUGUCUCUUGCUCCUUCUGUACUUCUGAUGUCAUUGUGUGUUCCAUUCAACAGAGCAGUUCUGCACCCAGACAUAGUUCCGUAUUUUUGCGCGUCGACAUGGCGCAGCUGCAAUCUAUUACACGAAUACUGGUUCUUGGAAAAACAAAGAGAGAAGGUCCAUCAUUGAAGUGCCUGAGCGACAAGUCAUCGCUUCGUCUGAUUCUGUCUUCAAGCCUCGAUGGAAAACUUUGGAGUCCUUUUGGAACCUAUAACCAAGUGCAUGACAGGCUCACGGAGGUAUUUGAGACGAAAUAUUACGAAUCCGAAUAUCUCGGUUAAAGCCGGCGACACACUUGGCGAUUUUUAACGCCGGUCGCGGCGAUCAGCGAAAAUCGCCAGCAGGUGUGCCCGGUGCGGUGAUGGAAAUUUUUGCCGACCGCGGCGAUAAAAUUACUCCGGAGAUCAUAAAGAUGCCCACGCUCGUAUUAGUUGAGGAUUGCGUUACAUCUCGUCCCAAGCACCUCGCUCGAGGUCAUUAUAACAGGGACGCUAUAUUUCAGAAUGCUUGCGUCGCAUUUUGUCAAUGUUACACAGAAAUUAACAAACUCGAUUGAAGAAAAUUCAAUUCUGAGGAGUAUGCACAAAAGAUACCAAUAAGUUUGGCGUAACACUUUUCAAAGUAAGAUGUGAAGUAAUUGUUGAUUGAAUUGGAUGAACGUGCUAAAUUCCAACCGGAAAGUGGCUGGAUAUCUCGAUACCAUUAACCCAAAGCAACUGUAACAGAAUGGUUUCAAUAACUUAGCUAAUUUACGACAGAACUCGAAAGCACCUUAGCGACUAUACUAAAAUAAUUAUUCGCCUCACGAUCGGUGAAUAUUGUCGAAUAAUCCCCGAGACGAAUCAUUGAGCAUGAUGCGUAUCAUCGUAAAUUCUAAUGUACUUAACAGCGGAUAGCGUUGAAGGCCAGCACUGGUUGGUUUGUACUGCAUUAUCUCACUGUUUAAGUAUAGGCUAAAACAACUAUUCACCUCCAUUCACUUUGGAAUACUAACAUAUUUACUUCAACAACUCAACAAGUUUAAUUUCAAUAUUAAAUCAAGCACAGGGCGAAAAAGAUUUCACGCGCAUGCGCGACCAUGCAUAUGACACAUGGCUCGAUUCUACUUGUUUUUUGUACUCCGCAAGAACCCACGGUCAUGUUUUCCACCAUAAAAAAAAACCGCUUUUUCAUAUUGACAUCUGCUAGGGCCUUUAUAUUGACUACAACCCUAAAUAUCAGUGUGUUGCUGUUGUGGAAAUCAUGCCAACCAUAUACGCAAGGUCCCUCUGGAUCAAGGAAUCCCCCAAUAAGAAAAAGGAGAGCUGCGUGGCCAUAAGCAUAUGGGGAAAUGAAAUUGGUACGUACUGCUAUUGGAAAUUGAUAUCAAUGUAUCAACUAGCGUAAACGUUUUUCUUCGCGGAGUCGAAGGAGGCGAAACACAAACUCGUUUACAGCUUGUAUGCAGGAGAUAUUUCCUUACGGCAGCUGGAUUGAAUAAAUAGAUGUCUAAAAAUUGGGGCAGUUGCCUCACUGUUAGUAACCAGCGUAAGGAAUAUUCAAAGAAGAGCCCCUCGCGCGCCGAGAGUAUUUGCGGAGGCUCAUACCUAAGGACAUAAGGCAGGAAACCUUUCAACUGAACAAAGGUCUAAAUUUCAUUUUGGUCUAUCGUCGACAAUUUUUGGCUCCUUUUAAAUCUUCCAAAACUAAUUUUGUAUCUUCCAUCAAAUGAGAGUUAGUUUUGGGUCUCAAUAAACGCUUCAAAGUGGUGUGGAAUAACUCCUUGAUUUAUGGCGACACCUUGUACUAGCAAGUUCGUUGACAAUUAGGAAAAGGGAUGUAGGACGUGAAACACGCCUCGUAAGACAGCAUACUGCCACAGCUUUGCAGUUUAGCCUCGUGUACUCAACUUCAGUAAUCUUAGCAUCGUUAGGUUCAAAGCUACCCACACAUUUUGACCCAGGAUGCUCAAAAGCAGCAAAGUUUCAUGACAGUUUGAAUUUUCCGAGACAUCCCUGCCAAACAAAUCUAUUUUAAAAUUCCUUAUCUUCAGAGCUCGAUCACACAAACAAAAAAAGUUAUAUUACUAAGGAGGUAGGACAACACAAGUAAAGAUCAGCUGGUUUUCACCAUGUUUAAGACACUGCACACUGACUUAAUAUUCUUAAAUUUUAGGAUUGCCUAAGCCGCUAGGAGGGAAGCGUAAGCCAGGUUAUAUUCAUUAGUUAUAUUUGUUUGCUUAUAUAUUGUGUUGUCUCAGGAACAAAGAUUGAUUAUAAAACUAAAAUUAGCUUGCCGGCCUUAAUAGUUUGCAAUGCCUUAAUUCUUGUGCGGUCAAAGUUAAUAAACAUGGAAAACUUUUGUUGUUAAAAGUUCUUCAAGCCCGUUCCUUUUUCCACACUAUUCAGAAAUAGGACUUGUGUGAUUGGAUGUUUUGACGCACAAAACUAGUGAAUGAAUAAUCCUAGAUUCCUCUCAACAAAGAAAAAAAACUUAACACAUCUCACUUCACAAUUUAACGAAAUUGUGCUAAUAAAAAAUAGUUCUUCAUUAUAUUUUGUCGUAAAAAAAAUUUAAUGAAAUGAAAAUAAAGUUAAUUGCACUCGUGGUUGAGAACUUUAAAUCUACAAUUGCUAUUUAAUAAUUUUUGGACAGUUAAGACGAAUGUUAGAGAAGAAAGUAACAAAGAUUUCAUCAUUUUUAGAGUUCUUCAUAUUCAGCACGUUAGCAGACGCAUUUUCCUUAAAUUCACGAAUUUUUCAUACUGUUCGCCGAAGUGCCGAACAUAAUUUAAGGAAUCUUUGCUUUCCAAAAUGUCAAAAAUCUGCAAGUCUUCCAUUAAUUAAAUUCACAAACUUCCAAUCAAUUUGCUCUUUCACCAAAAUUAACAAAAAUAAUAACAAAUCGAAAAAAAAAAGAUUAAUGGCAAUCUGCUUAUUGUUGGUUUGUUUCUUGCUAGGAUGUUCUUCAUCUUUGGGAAUGGUGUCUCGCAGAAUCCGUGACAACCAAAUAAAGGCGUCAACAGUCAAAAAAAGGGAGCUUAACACGAAAGGUAAAGAUGGACGCCUUAAUGUUGUUGGUGGAUGGUGCGUUGAGAAGCUAGAAAACUACGAGUACACACAAUCUAACCGGAAAUACAAGAGUUUUUUACCAAAAGAGUUUUUAGGUAAGCAGAGUCACGAAUUUCGCAUCUUAGAAUAUCAAGCUUAAGUUAUUUCUGUUACUUAGAGCAAUCUUCAGUUAAUGGCUAAAGUAAUCCGAGAUUGCAUGGUUUUGCUGUACUCCGCUCUGUGAUUGCUCCAUAAAACUCGCACCACUAUCUCAACCAAUCAGAUGCAAAAUUGAAACCAAUGUUGUUAGUUUGAGUUUUCAUUGGCUCCAAAAGGUAUUUUCCUUUUUUUUUUUGAUUGGCUAUUGCGAUUACUCUGGUUUUGCUUUUAUGACACUUAAUCGAAAAGCGCUCUGCUAGCAAUCCGUUUCAUUCUUUGCCAUCCUUUAACGCCCGCGGUCUUUUUAAGUGUAUCGUUAUUUUUUGUUAUAACAAUUGCCUACUGGUUCAAAAUAUUUAUUUCAUUUCAACCAAUUUAAAAGCCGUUCUCCUUGGUACUAAAAGCAAUCUUUUAUAUUUAAUAAAAUAUGGGACAUGUCGCGACAGUUCUUCUGUCACCCUUAGUUCUGAUUUGUACAAAGUACAAAAAUGAAUUUAAAGUGUAUAACAAAAUGAACAUUUUUAUCUAACACAUUAGAAAUGAAAACAGGGUGUAAAAGAUAUGAAGUAUAGGUAACGAGAGAGCCCCAGAGAAACUAAAAAGAUCUUUUUACAUAGCUAGUAAAUUUGUCUAAUCAAAUUCCAUUGCACGAGCGUGCUUUAUAUUCCUAUUGUGCACGCUCAUGACGUCAGCAAACAAAUCCCUCGCGAAAAAAAUUUUCCAUCGAGUUGAAAUGUUAUAGAACAAUUGGUUCAUACGUCAGCUGUGUGUUCAUCGAGAUAUGAAGUACUUGGGAAGUUUGGAGAGCACCCAAGAAGCUACUCUUACGCAUCUUUCGUGCUCUCCAAACUUUCCGCGUGCUUCAUAUCUCGAUGAACGCACGCUGACGUAUGAACCAAUUGUUAAUUAAAAAAACAUGCUACCACCAUCUUAUCUGUAUUAUUCACAACUUAACAAAAGAAUAGUGAGAAAAAAGUUGUGGAAAGUAGGUUAGAAAAAAAAACAUUAAAUGACAAUUUUUUUUUAUAAAUUUUUUAAUAAUCUUCAGUCUCAUGUACCUUUAUUUAAACUUCUACCAUCAGAGGUCGACUUGUUGUCAGAGAAGUUUAUCGACGGUUUUGCAACCCAAGGACAUUCGAACAGAGGUUUAGCCCGUUUUGUGACAGGAUAUUUAGUACACUACAGCUUAGAUGGAUUUUCAUGGGAUGUGAUUUCCUGGGAAGAACGAGAAAGGGUAAAACAAUUGUUUUUUUUUUUUCUGAUUUUAGAGCAUUGAUUUGUGAGUGAUCAUGGAUUACAUUGAUUUUGCUUUAGUUUGAACUUUGAUUGAUCUAGGAAAUUCGCACCACUCAUCAAGACCUACCCCGCUGCUGCCAACCUCUCAACCAAUCAGACCUGAGCUAAAAUCAACAAUCAAUCGUGACUUGCUCACUCGUGUUUUCCCGAGCUAGCGUCUACAAACUUACUCUACUUCUUUCUAACAUUUAACUAAGAGACUACACAGCGAUCCGUGUCUUAACAAAUAACUGAUCAUACGCCCAUCAAAAUAUAACUGUCUCUUGAAAAAGUUACAUAGAAGAGUGUGUACUGAAAGAGAAUAUUACAAGUGUCUGGAUUCAUUGCUUGAUUAGUGUUGUUAAGGUUGUCAGUGCCAAUUUUAUUUUCCUUUCAGUAUUUCGUCGCCAACAAGAAUUCUCGGGACACAGCACGACAAUAUCUGAAUCCGAGAAUUCGCGCGCGAUACGUUCGUUUUGUCCCCGUUACCUGGUACAACUGGAUCUGUAUGAGAGUUGAAAUUUACGGCUGUGAUGCUGGUGAGUAAAAUGAUGGAACUUUAUCCCACACGUAUUUUCAAAAAAUGGAAAAUUUUAGCAUAUUGUUAUUUUAUAUUUAAAUGCACCUAGCUCUCUGGAGUGAAACUAGUUAAAAAAAAUUGUCUUUAAUCGAACAUAAAUAUCUUUCAAAACUCUUUCGAAAUUCUUGGUAAUCUACGUGUGUCUAGUGGUAUAUAGCUAUCUACCAUUUUUCGAUUGAAGGGGAAAAAAACCAAAGGUCUCCUUGGAGCGGGGAGGGGUAAGUUUCCUUUUACCCUUAAAUGAUCUAAUGCCUAUGUUUUUCUCUUGUCCCAUUUCUCCUUUCCCCUCCCUCCUCAUCACACAUUUCAAACAUUGUCAAAUAUGGUCCUCAGUUCAAAUUUUGCAAAGUUCCCAUGUUCCUUUGAUCGCCUGGAUUGAAUAUGUUGUUAUAUUUAUAUCCUAAAUUGUCUGCAUUCUUUUGAAGUAAAAGCAUGGAACCGUGCUCAUAGUCUCGUGUUCGCCCUGAAGUACCGGGGAGCACAGUACGAUACCCUUACAGUUUAGAAUUACCUCAAGGGUUUCUGUUAGCUCCUGCAGUACUACGAGGCGUCAAUAACUCGACGAAAUACCUCAAAUCUUUUAUUUCUGCUUUGUAGGUGAAUCUCUGCGAGACAAAGUAGAAAAGAAAAUUAUCGGUGAGUAAAAUAUUGGGCUGUGAUGGAAUCUUACCUGAGAUUCUUCAGAAUGAAAGGCAAUCUUGUGAAAAACACAGAUAAAUCGUUUGGCUUUGUUUUUUCUCUUCGCCACAGACAUAGAAAGCGAACGUGUGGAAUAUGUCAGGAUGGAAACAGGAGUAGAUAAAAACAAACAUCGAGAACCCAUUAAUUUAUACUACAAAACGGCUAUCUUCACAUGCGGAAAGCCACCUGACGACGGUAUCCCUUGGAGGAAUGAUCGAUAUCUGUUGUAAGAAGUUUACUUACCCCAAGCUCCCCUCUCCCUUCCCUGUCUCUCUCUCUUUCUCUCUCUCUCUCUCUUUCUCUCUCUCUCUCUCUCUCUCUCUCUCUCUCUCUCUCUCUCUCUCUCUCUCUCUCUCUCUCUCUCUCUCUCUCUCUCCCCCCCCCCCCUCAUUCACAUUCCUUAUCCUCUUUCCUCGGAGUAAACGAUCAAAACUUUUCCUUCAAUUCCUUUUUUUUUUUUUUUUUUCAGGGAGCUCCUAGAUUUCAGUAAAACGGCUUGGGUGCAAGAUGCAUUUAACAAGGAGUUCAAAGCAUCUGGAGGUCCCCUUCUCUUCCUUGAUGAACGGCGCACCCUUAAAUCAAAAAGUGGCAAACAUUUUGUGUGCAAAGGAAAGUUGAGUGAUGGAACAGAGGUGUAUCGGCACCAUGUUAUCACCGCCAAAAUUGGUACGAAUCAAAUUUGCGAUUUUUGACGUCUUGAAAAAACUUGUAACAGCGUAUUGAAACGUAGAAAACUUGAACAGCGGUGAACCUACCCUCCCCCCUCCCAACUUGGCAACAAUCGACUGAUAUAUUUGGGUUAAUGUUGGGCUAGGGGAGGGGUGGGUGUGUAGUUGCUCACAUGCUGACAUAGAUCCACUUUCAUCAUAACAGGAAAGAAACCACCAACAGACUUUGAAGGGGGUCCCUGGAUGGUUCAAACUCAAGGUUUUUGGGCCGCAGCGUUAGGUAAGAAAUCUGGAUGAUGUAGUUUUCUUUCUGAAAUCUUAGUCCAUCGGACAGAAUGUCUAUUGCUCUCGCGACAUUUACUUGCAGUUGAGAAAAAAAAAGUGUAAAUCUAUGACUGAAUAAGUACUGAGAGAGCCGUCCCUCAUAUGGCUUAAGUGGCCACUUACCGACCAACAUCUAUUACUCAUAAUUCUCAAGGUUUUCAACUCGUAAAAAAGGGCACACAAUUCACCAGUCAACUUAAGUAAGGUGUCUUCUGGAUCGGAAGCUUUGAAAGGGUCUGGAUGUUGGCCAUGUUUAUUCGACAUGGAAGCCUCGGAGGUUUCGCCUUCCCUACGAACUUCAGACCUCAGGAUUUCGAGAACCGAUGCUUUACUAUUGAACUUUAGAAAACUCUUUUGCGAUAUGGCCCAUUUGUAGGUGGAAAUGUAACAUCCAUUCUGCAUACUGUAAGGAUCAUCAAUUUUAAAAGUGUUGUGCGAGUAUAUCAAGUAAGAAAGAUGGCAAAUUUUACUUCAUCAACGAAGAAAAAUUUACAAUCUUUCUUUCUUUACUAAUUUUCUCACAAGAAAAAUAGUAUUACUGAAAUUUUUUAGCAGAAACUUUUUUACGGAAGGAUGAGCAAUUCCAAACCACGUAAAAGACCCUAUGCAAAUCAAAUGUAUUUUUAAUACUGAAGUUAAUAGUACUUAUCAAUUUUUCACCAAAAUAUGUUAUAUCCUUUGUCCUUCAUUGUUUGUUUACAUAGAAGUCCCACAGUUUAUAAUACAACAAAGAGUAGAUCAAGCCUAUGAUGGUGGGAAGCCUAUCUGGAGCAAGCCUGCAGUCGUUUAUGUCAGCGGUUCUGUGGCGUCCGUCGGUGUGAUCAUUCUAGGAAUACGUAAGUUGUAUCCGUAUGUUAAAGUAUCUGAACUGACGUUUUCUUGAGCGGCACCUACGAAAUGCUGUGUAUCUUUUUAUAAAAAGGCUACGAUUUUAACAGUACAACUAGUAAUUGCAAUAGGAAAGGGUCUCAGUGAGAUAAUGGCUUUUACGGCUAACUGACCAACAUCAGAAUUUUUUUUACGGUUAAAAUUUUUUGUUAACGUUAAACCCUAUUGAGACCCUCAUGGGACUGAGUGGAGUAAAAUUCGGUUUGAAAUCGUACGAGUGGUUGGCAAAAUCGAACGAUCGUGAAGCGGGAGUCUAAUUUGUUAUUUACAAGUUAUGGUUACAGGUAGAAUUGGACGAUAGGAGGUCCUGUUAGAGAUGGGCAAAGAUGGUUAUGGAUAAAUUUAAGAAGGAAACCAGCCAAAAUGAUUGUAUGAAAAUCAUAUAUAUGAAGAAACGAAUAUAAGAGAUCCUCGCACUUAUAAACAAUACUGAACUAUUAGUUGAAAGAAAACCUGGAAAAAGUUCAGGCCCGUAUGGGAUUUGAACCCCUGACCUCUGAGAUACCGAUGCAGCACUCUACCAAAUGAGCUAACAUGCCAACUAGAAGCUGGUCAUUAAGUUGGGUCCAAAUAAAUCAUCCAAGUGAUGAAUAAUGAUUGUAGAUAUCUAAGUGAUGAAUAAUGAUACAUCAUUGGUACGUUUUCGAAGUAAAAACAACAGUGAACUCAGCGACAAUGCAACAGGGCGCACACAUGACGCGUACUGUCCUAUUACACAGGCAUGACGCGUACACUAUCCAUUGACAUCCAAUGAAAUGCGUGAUGUGCAUGUAAGCUAUCCAUCUAGUACUUAUAAAAAUGAUAAAUAUAUAUUAAAUUUGGCCAAUGAUAACGAGUCACGAUUGAGAAUUUUUUUUAUAGUUUUUAUUAACAAAUGGUUUUUGACCUAUUAAAAAGCGCGUAGUGUCUCGGUUACCUCCCAAAAAUGGACGACAUCUUUCCUUAUUCCACGAUCUAUUUCAAAACUUUUAACCUUUCCCUGUCCAUUCAUUUAAAAUUCCAUUUAAUUUUUAAUUGAUAACUCUUGUUAUCUCGCUUCUCUCUCGACCGGCCUGAAAAUAAACACCACAGCAUACUAUACAGUAAUGGUACCGAGGAGCUACAGAGGAGAACGUUUAUGGAGUCAACGUUUUUUAGGGUAUAUUAAGGACGACAAGCGUGUGGUUUACUACUGUUCGAAACUUGCGCAACGGAAAGGAUAUGACCACUUCAUUAAUAGCGUCGACAAGUGCUUCUCAUCGUAUGCGAUGCCUGAAAAUGUAUGGAAAGUGCCUGAUGGUUAUAAGGAUUAUUCCCCGACCGUGCAUCGAGAAUUCGUCAAACCAUAUUUCAUCAGGGCGAUGAGUAAGUCUUAAUGUUUGUCUGAGCUCCUUAUUAGCUCGAUAUUAAGCAAGUUAAGUACAUCUCAGUAGUUUUCAAAUGAAUUCUUACACAACGGUGGUGAAUUCAAAGACUUAAGUGUAUAUACUACUCGUAUGGAACAAUAUGAAGGUCCUGCUUCGUGGCUCUCACUUUUCAAAUUUCCCCAGUGAAAUAAAUUAAACGUUAGAAACAAUUAGUACAGCAUAAUAAAAUUCAUAAUAUGAAAGUUUUGUUCACUUUUUUCUCAUGAAUAUAAAACAUUUUCUUAUUCAGGAAAAUUUCAAAAGUAUCGGAUCAAGUGGUCCAAAUUUGAUCCAGAGCGAAAAAAAUGGAUUCAAAUAUUCAAUUACCACGUUAGCGACCCAGAUCGGCAAACAUCACUACUAUACACGAUGAAGGUUGAAAAUGACAAUGACUUUUUCGAGAAAGGACGCCGAUUCCGAGCUCGCGAUCGGUACCGGUCAUACGACAAAGCCUACUACGGAGAUGAUUUUACUGGAAGUCACGUGUUAGAGAUUGAGAGAAUAACACCCGCUGACCUGGGAACAUACAAGGUUGAGGUGUACGUUCCUGGGAGUAAUGUAGGGAACCAAGCUAAUAUAGAAUUAAGACAUGAAGGUGAGAGGUUUGAGUAUUGGCCCGCUGUGCUAAAAUUCCGAAGACGUCCGAAAAUUUGCCAUUGAUAUUCCGAAUACUUUCGAAAGAAAUACGAAGAAUUUAGAAGCUUUCCUAGUGGUAGAAUUUUCGUGAAAUCAACAAUCAAAUUCUGAGACGCUUCAAAGUGUCAUAGAUAUUCCCAACAUUUUCGAAAACGUUUUAAGUGUUGUCGAAGCUUUCCUUAACAGUUGACGCAAACUUGUCUCCAGUGCUUUUCCUUCCACUUACAAAGGGUGCGUCUGAAAUUGGCACGCGUAAACAACUCGAGAUCGGCACUUUUAGCGGGUACCUUAAAGGGGACAAUUUUUCUCCAGAAAAACCUUGUUCAAUUAAUAUAAUAAGUGCAUGUCCCGCACUUUCCAACAUGUCAACUCAUUAACAAGAGUAUCUUAACUCAAAAGAAAGGAGAACCGCAAAAAGUGACAAUUUUGAACUGUUUCCGUUAAGUAAAAGCACACAAACGUAUGUUGCAAUUUUCAAACUUCGCUGAUCUGAAUUCAGUUCGACCUCAAGAACUCGCAACUUACUGUGAUACACCAUUUCUGAACUAAACUAAGAGCUUUUCCCACAAGCUUCGUGCAAUUGUUGUUGAUAUUUUUUUUUUGGAGUAUGUGAUUUUCAGUAGACGUUAAUUUCUUGGUUGUUUUCAUUUUUCCAUGUAGACGAGCCUCGCAUUUCGCUGCCAGAAACAUUCGGCGCAUGCGUAGGAAUUCCAGUGAAACUGAACGUCACCUUGCAUGACAACAAUCAUGAGAUCCCACAUUACUGGAGAGUUGAUUGGUAUAUGAUACAAUAUACAAAAAACAAAAAAAAACGAUGGCGUAAUGCUUGGAACUCCGUCACUUUGACUAUUUAUAACCCCGAAGUCAAUGACUCGGGAAAAAUUUAUGAGGCAGAAGUCAGCAAUCGAUUUGGGUUGGCUAGAGCCGUGACUCGACUUUUUGUCACCGAAGGUAAGCUCUUCGAUGAAUUUUCUUUAGUCAUUUCGCUGAAAUCCGUUUAGAAAAGCUUUAGUCAAAGCCUUUAUCGGUUUUUUGUUUGUAAAAUCUUGGAAAACAGUUUACUUUCAAGUGAUCUCUCGCCAAUUAAGAGUGUAAAAUAAUAGAGUUUGGUUGCUGUGAAAUCUCAGGAACAUAUAACGAUAUGAUUAGAAACUUGGAACCAAUUUACAACUUAUGUUUCCCUCUUUCAUCACAUUACGUCAAUCGCGCCGGCCUUAUUAUAAGUUUUAUAGCAAAUAGGGUAUUCACAGCACGGCUUUAUCUCUGUUUGACGCAAGAUAACCAUGUGUGCACUAAAUACUUUACGUCACAUUUAAAUGUCUGAAUUAAACAACUGCAUUCGUUUAACAAAAGAAACCCUUCGAGUUGCCUUUCAUGACCUCUAUGAAUUUUAAACUACUUGUUGCGUAUAUUCACUCACCCUUACAUUUUUGUUUUGCUUCUUCAGACGUGCCGGAAAUCACUUGGGUAACACCAUCUCCUCAUUUAGCGGUAAAAGACGUGAGCGACAUACUGGAAGUAAAAAUUGAGAAUGACAAAACGCUAAUUACUGUUGACUGGUAUCACAAUGGAACUUUAAUAGACACAAAUACGGAGGGAUUCACAUUCCCUGGUGAGCAAAUCAGUAUGGCCCUGAAAUUUGAAAAGGGGCCCUAGCUAAGCAAACCACGACGGCAACGGCAACGAAGACGUGGCCAAACAAAAGGUCUAAUUGGUAAAACAAAAGCUCAGCACGUGCGUUUUAAAACUUUGUACAUUUCCUGGCCGUCCUAUUCCAAACUAACAACUUGAUGUCCCUUAAUUUGCGCAUUCUGAAAAUGGGAUCACUGACGGAGAAAUUUUUCACAUAUUUUUAGCUGGAACUCUCUGAUAGAGACAGAGCAAACGUUUAGUUACUUUUAAUAUACUUUGGAGGGACGAAAAUUUAAUUUUUAAGUGAUGUUUUCCCAGGCUUGCUUAAUUCCCCAGAGAUCAGUCGUUCAACGUAUAAUUUUUCGUGUUAUUUUCCUAUUUUGCUACAAUCAGGCACUGUUCGAAAACAAUUAAUCCGGGUAAAUGUUUCAUUACUUACAAUUUUUUUUAAUUUAUUAUUCAAUCAGGGGAAAGGUAUGGCUCGUCGUCUUUCCGAAAGAAACUUAAAUUAGCUCGGAUCAGUUUUGAGACCGCGGGUACAUACAGGAUUGUGGCCAGGGGAAAGUAUUGCCAGUAUGAAAAGAAAGUGGAAGUCAGAGUUAUCAGUAAGUAUUGAGCCAAUAAACAACUUACUAGAUUUCCGAUUUAGCCUCAAUAAAGAUUGGUUGGGUUUCAUAUUAAUUAAUGGCGAAGUAAGGGAGAUGAAAUGCGAUAAAUUUUCUCAAGAAUUCUUAAUACUUCUGUUACGGUAUAAUCCUACCGACACAAAAACGCUACAAUUCCACAAACUCGACUACUUUAUUAAACAGCGAGUAACGUUCUUAACAAGGGGCGAAUCCUAAAGCAGUACAAUACUUAUCGUUAAUAAACUUAAUUCAGCCCAACACAGUCUAUAUCCUAGCUCACCACUGACAUUAUCUCACUGCUGUCUCUCAAGUCCCUUGAAACGAGCAAUCGUCCGCAAUAACUCUCUCUCGGUAAAACUUUCGAGACAGUCGUGGCUUCGACGAUACCAACUACUACUACCACAUAAAUGAGUCUCUACAUAUAUUCACAAAAUGUUCUGGAACAUUCCAAAAGCUUACAUAGGAACUAUUUCAGUAGUAUCACAUAAUAAGUUCGUGACUUGAUAAAAUGUUCUGGAAAGUUCUACGGUAUGAAAGUCAGCAUGACUCAGCAGUCUGGAAAUUUCUAUAAGCAACUACAAUUAUUCGCAACACUUUAUCAAGACGGUUAAACCUCACUGAAGCGGUUCCUUUCGUGAGCACAAGGAUUGAAGGACUGCGCAUGUGCAAAGAUAAAGGCGAUCGAGAGAGCCAAGGGCCGACAUCGUGCUUUUGAUGAGCAGCUGCCUUUCAAAAAAUUAGUUCACGCGAGGAAAACGGACACAGAACUAAAUAGAGUUGUUAAAAUUGCACCUAAGAAAAAUUGCAGCAAAACUGAACUUUAUUCAUAUAAAUUGUGUAUUGCCUUACUUUUCACUAUACCAGUCAAGCCAAGGUUGAUAGCUCAACCGCACGCUGUGUACCAGAGAUUUCACGAAGGAGAACCCGAGGUGAACAUAAAUGUUACAGUGAAAGGUGGUGAACCUAAAGCACAGGUGAGUUGGUUUGCAAAUAUUAAAUUACCCUUGUUGAAUAUGAGAAAGAUCCGUGGUAGGGGAAAUUUCAUGCGAGAGUCUUAUUAAAGCCGCAUUGCGAUGGUCUUAUUAAACUUCAAUGCUCUGUGACUGGCUCAGAAAACUGGCCCCACCUGCUCAACCAAUCAGAUGCAGAAACCAAUCACGACAUUUCAACGCGCGUUUUUCCGCGCCACAGGUAUUUUGAUGUUGCAUGUUGUUACUUUGAGCUCUGAAUCCGAAACCUGUAGCAAAGUUCUUCAAGAGUUUCUAGCAGCUUGGGAAAGAGCAUUUGUCAAAGGCUCGAUUUAUGUUUGUCCACGUCUACGAGAAAUGAUCCCAUGAAGUGAACUUGUUAUUUUAUUCGUUGUGAGUUUAGCUAAAAGACAUGGGCUGGAAGAAAAGUGGGAUACCGAUGCUACCUUCGGUUUAUGGGCGCGUGCUCCUCCACACCACUUUUACAAAGAAAGAAAACUGGCUGACUGUUCUCAUUAUAAGAAACUUGAAAGAAUCAGACUCUGGAGAUUACACUUUCACCGUCAAAGUUGGUCCAGCAGUGAUGUCAGUGACACGAAGUAUCUUAGUGCUACCGAAACAAGGUCAGCUUUUU